UGUAUACCAAUACUAAUAUGUGCGUUCGUUGAAAGUGGCGAUUUUGCUAUUUUCAAAUAUCUCGGUGUUCAUGAGCUGGUGACAUUUGUAGUAGGAAUCGUUUAUAUUGCACUCAGUUUUCUUGAUUUUUUUCUCAAUUUUAAGUCACCAAAAUUCUUACGAGAUUUUAUUAGAAUCGUCGCCUUCAUGAAUGUGUUGCUGUUGUUAUCAAUGUUUGCAGCCUCAUCAUGGGGUUUGAAAUUUUCUUUCACUAAUAAUACUGAGUUGGAGAUUUUUCGACGUCAAAAAUUGACAAUGAAUUGUUCGAGUGAUGAAGAAAUAGAAUGGCUGAUUCCAAACGAUAGUAAUGCUGUGAUAAAACACGUUUCAAGUUAUGAGGCGAGUAUUGAAGUCAAUCGGACUACUAAAUGUGAUAGUGGUGAUUACAUAUGUAGAUCUAAAUACAACAAGAAUCAAUUCGCUCGCAUACGCAUCCAUGUUACAGGAUUGCGAUACUCCUUUAAGAACGGGGAUUAUAUAAUAGUUAAGUUGGGUCAAGAAUUCAAUGCCACCUGUUCAGACGAAGGAGGAGUGAACUGGUCUUCUCCACCUGAUAGUUCGGCAUUUGUCAAAAAAAUUUCAUUAUUCGAAGAAACUAUCGUAUUCGAUGGAUCAGCUCUAUCGGAUAGUGGCGAUUACAUAUGCCAAUCGAAGACUUACCCGAGAGAAGUCGUCUCGUUUUACAUCUAUGUUGAUGGAGAAGUCUAAGUACCUAUUCUAAUUUUAUGUGAAUUGAGUUUGUUAUGUUUAAGUAUAAAAGUAAUUGUAAAACGUAAUGAUUAUAUUUUUUGAAAAAGA